UCUGCUGACCCACCGGCGGGAGCCUGGAGCCGGGCGCGCUCUCGGGGAGCGGGCGGGAGUCGCAGAUGGCGGCGGGGGACGUGGGCGAGCUGCUGGUGCCCUAUAUGCCCACUAUCCGGGUGCCCAAGGCCGGCGACCGCGUCUACAAGAGCGAGUGCUCCUUCUCCUACGACUCGCCCGAGUCCGAAGGAGGCAUCUAUGUGUGCAUGAACACCUUCCUGGGAUUCGGAAGAGAACAUGUGGAAAGGCACUACCGGAAGACGGGUCAGUGUGUGUACAUGCAUUUGAAGCGGCACAUGAAAGAGAAAGUAACAGGGGCAUCUGGUGGAGCUUUACCAAAAAGGAGAAACACCAAGCUAUUUUUAGACCUAGAAUCCAAUGGUGAUUUAAACAACGAUGAUUAUGAAUUUGAAGAUGAAGCUAAACUUGUCAUAUUUCCAGACCACUAUGAAAUUCCUUUACCCAACAUAGAAGAGUUGCCAGCUUUGGUUACGAUAGCUUGCGACGCAGUCCUCAGUUCGAAAUCUCCUUAUAGGAAGCAAGACCCAGAUUCAUGGGAAGAGGAGCUGCAAGUCUCCAAACAUGCUAACACUCUUGUACAGAUGGACAAUGGAGUCAGGAUUCCUCCCAGUGGCUGGAAAUGCUCAAAAUGCGACCUGCGGGAGAAUCUUUGGCUGAAUCUCACAGAUGGGUCAAUACUGUGCGGAAAGUGGUUCUUUUAUGGCAGUGGAGGAAAUGGACAUGCGCUGGAACACUAUAAGGAGAUGGGUUAUCCCUUAGCAGUGAAGCUUGGAACAAUUACUCCCGAUGGUGCAGAUGUCUAUUCCUUUGAUGAAGAGGAGGCGGUUUUGGACCCACACAUAGCCAAACACUUAGCACAUUUGGGCAUUGAUAUGCUCCAAAUGCAUGUAACGGAGAAUGGCUUGAGAGAUAACGACAUCAAACCCAGAGUCUCUGAAUGGGAAGUGAUCCAAGAGUCUGGCAUGAAGCUAAAGCCAAUGUAUGGUCCAGGAUACACUGGCAUGAAAAACCUGGGCAACAGCUGCUAUGUCAACACUGUCCUACAAGCCAUUUUCAGCAUCCCUGAAUUUCAGAGAGCGUACGUGGGAAGCCUUCCAAGAAUAUUUGACUACUCUCCUCUAGACCCAACACAAGAUUUCAACACACAAAUGGCUAAAUUGGGACAUGGCCUCCUUUCAGGCCAAUACUCUAAACCACCAACGAAAUCUGAGCUCAUUGAACAGGUGAUGAAAGAAGAACACAAGCCUCAGCACAAUGGCAUCUCUCCUCGCAUGUUCAAAGCUUUGGUAAGCAAAGGGCACCCUGAAUUCUCCUCCAAUCGGCAGCAAGAUGCACAGGAGUUUCUCCUGCACCUUAUACAUCUCAUAGAGAGGAACCCCAUUGGUUCAGAAAACCCGACCGAUGUCUUCCGGUUCUUGGUGGAAGAACGUACACAGUGCUGCCAGUCCAGGAAAGUCCGAUAUACCGAGAGGGUGGACUAUCUCAUGCAGUUGCCUGUAGCAAUGGAAGCUGCAGUGAACAAAGAUGAACUGAUUGCUUACGAAUUGAAGAGGAGAGAAGCUGAAACUGCAAGGAGGCCCCUGCCGGAGCUCGUACGCGCCAAAAUCCCUUUUAGUGCCUGUUUGCAGGCCUUUUCAGAACCAGAUAAUGUAGAAGACUUCUGGAGCAGUGCCCUUCAAGCCAAGUCUGCUGGAGUUAAAACCUCUCGCUUUGCUUCAUUUCCCGAGUACCUAGUAGUACAGAUAAAGAAGUUCACCUUUGGCUUGGAUUGGAUACCUAAGAAGCUUGAGGUUUCCAUAGACAUGCCAGAUCUUCUGGACAUCAGCCACCUCCGUGCCACAGGCCUCCAACCAGGAGAGGAGGAGCUCCCAGAUAUCUCUCCACCCAUUAUCAUUCCUGAUGACCCCAAAGGUACUGCCUGCUACCACGAGGAUCUCUACUUCCCCACCAUUCACCACCACAACUAUGGCAUGACGAACCAUUUCAUGGAGCCUCCAGAUAUUGAUGAAUCCUCAGUGAUGCAGCUAGCUGAGAUGGGUUUUCCACUGGAAGCAUGCCGUAAGGCUGUCUACUACACAGGCAACAUGGGUGCUGAGGUGGCUUUCAACUGGAUCAUUGCCCACAUGGAAGAACCAGAUUUUGCAGAGCCCUUAGCCAUCCCUGGUUACGGAGGAGCCACUUUUCCUGGGGCAGGUGGAGCAGCAGUUGUUGGGCUGGAUAACCAGCCCCCAGAAGAAAUGGUUGCCAUCAUUACCUCUAUGGGCUUUCAGCGGAAUAUAGCUUUCCAUGCGCUACGGGCAACAAAUAAUAACCUGGAGCAUGCAUUAGACUGGAUCUUCAGUCACCCAGAGCCAGAGGAGGAGAACGAAAUGACUUCUGAAACCAUGGACCUAGAGAACCAUGUGAAUGCCAACAUCCUUGCAGAAUCUGAUCCAGAAGGACCCAGGAUCAAAGACGGCUCUGGGCGAUAUGAACUUUUUGGGUUCAUCAGUCACAUGGGAACAUCCACAAUGAGUGGCCAUUAUGUUUGUCAUCUCAAAAAGGAGGGAAGGUGGGUGAUCUACAAUGACCUCAAAGUCUGUGCCUCUGAGCGACCACCCAAGGAGUUGGGGUAUAUUUACUUUUACCGCAGGAUACCAAGUUAGGCCUUAGUAAAUGCCUCUCGGCCUUAAGAAGCCAUAAGCCUUUUUCUUCUGCCAAAAAGUCGUUUCAAACAAGCAAAGCCUUUGGACUGCCAAAAGGAGCAAAAAGGAAAACAUUUGGGUACUAUUUAUAGCUUAAAAUCAGGAUCAAUCAUUUGAUGCCUUCUUACACUGUAGUAGAGGAAUUUUUGGUUGGGUCACAGUGCGUUCUAGGAUUUUUUAAAAAAUGUAUACACUUUGUGGCGACCUUAAGGCUGUUCUGAUCACUAGCGGAGAUUGCAACAAGCAACUGGAGAACACGAGACUACUCUCAAACUCUGAAACACCCACCUUCUUACCUCGCAAGUCAGUUUCGACUCUCAACGACUGUUACGGAAUCAGUGAUGGUAGCCAAGCCACUGCCUUUGACUGGGGAGUUUACCACCACCCUGAAGGGAAUGUUUGGUGGAAGAUCUGUUUGCCAGCCUGAAAAAGUGGCUUAGUUGUGAUCUCUGUUGUAUCUCCAUGGUUAGAUUUAUUUUUCCCCUUUUUCUUUUUUGAAUAGCACUGUGUUAUCCCAGGAUGUAAUGGCCCAGAAUAUGUUGCAGAUGAGGGCGUGUGAAAUCAAGGUUAAUAACUGAAGCUAAGGGAGCUUGGAGUUUGGCCAAACAAACAAACAAAUCUGGGUGUUCAAUCCCCCCCCAAAAAAACACAACGGUGCUUUGGGUGGCUUCAAAACAUAUCUUCCAUUUCUAUGCCUUGACCUAGCAAUUGCUGAUGGUUCGAGAACUCGCUUCAUAAGAAUGUGCUCAUUUCACCCAAUUCAGUGGAUCGGUAUGCACAUUUGUGUCUGUGCAUGUGUCUGCUUCUCCCAUUGUGAGAUAAAUCCUCACACAUGGUUCAUGUAGGGCUGUGGAUCAGCAAACUGCAACUUGGCUGUUUUUCCUCCUCGGUUAUUCAUGCUUUUGCAUGGAUCUCCAUGACAAGUAUUCCCAUCCUGCUCCGUAACGUUUACAAGUGCUCACCUUGUGACUAGCUCUUGCCCCACCAACCCAAGGAACUAGAGUUGCUACGAUGACAAGAUGGGGGAGAGUCACAGGGUGAGGACAUGCAAAUGUUUGUGGAUCGGUUGGGAAUCCUUUAUCACAGAAGAAGACCCCAUCAGGGUCGUAAAAUGUACUGGACCCGAAGUCAGUCUGCUUUGAUUUUCCUUCCACUUUUAUGCCACUGUAGUAUUUCCUACAAAAUAUUUUAAAGAUAGGGACCCUUUAUGGAGAAGCUAAAAUAUAUAACCUUCCCUGGCAAUGAUGCUCCGUAGAGGAACCGUGUCUAGCAAAUAUGCAGGGAGUCCUGUUCCUCUGGCAUAGCUUGUUUAAUUAUUUAAAAUUUCUUCCCAUGAAAUAGCCUGCUGAUGGAUUGAUUUUUUUUCCUUCCAUUUUAAAACCAUCAUACUGACUUGUCAGCAGUUUGCAAAGGAGCCAAGUAUCCCUUUCUAAAAAACCUCCCCACUGCCUCCAAUGUCUUCUUUUCAAUUUCACACUAUUUUCAAACUAUUUUCACUGUACUAUUUUAUGGCUUUACAGGCGUAAAAGAGGGGAUGGGUAUUUCCCCCCUCAAUUCAUUGUGUGAACUCAUAGGCCUGGUAAGUUCUUUUUUAUUACUUGCCUUUGCCUCUGUUGAAUUACUGGAUUGUUAGGGAAUUUACAAUGGCAAAUAAAGUGGUGCCUACUGAUUUGGGUCAAGCAAAUGCAGCUGUUACCAUAGAAAACAGCAGACAUACCUGUAUCAAGCAUCAAUCUGCAGUAAAUGACAUACUACUUGCGCAGAAGUUCAGGAGCCAUUACAGUGUGUGUGUGUUUGUGUGUGUGUGUGCAUGUGUAUACAUGCACAUACACAGAGUUUCUUUAUGGAAAGAUCGGUGUUUCAGCUAUUUAUGCUUGGAGCCAGCAUCAUUUGAGGCAAAUGUGAUGCUGCUUAAGACCUUGUAUCUCAGGUUAGAUUCUACAAAUGAACAGCCACAAAAGGCAGAAAGAGGCUUUCGAGCCCAACAACACUGCGAGUGGUGAAUCCAAAGCCUAUAUCUUGGGGCCUAUUCUACCAUCACCACUUUGCUUUAUUUACAGCACUGCUACAGGCAUGUUAGAAUGCUGAUCUGUCUCGCAACCUAGCCCCAGGCUACUUUCAAUUACAGCUUCCCAAGUCACGAUGAAUGUACCACAAAAAUUUGCCGGCUGAUCUGCUGCUAUUUGCUGUUACCUUAGAAUGUGUCUAAUUCUGAUGAUUUCUGCAGAGUCCGGAUUUGUCACAUUGUGCUUAUUUAAAUAAGGUCUCCUGUGCCUGCGAAAAUUCAGCAAAGUGGUCUUUCCUCCACCUUGUGGACGUAUAAGGGCUCGUUCAAAGCAGGCGAGAUCUGCUAUGCCAGCAUCCUAUAUCUAAGUGUAAAUAAGGGGAACUCUCAGCAUGUUCCUUCUUGAAUCUGGGAGCCAGUCAGAUUUCCCAGAAGCAAACUUGUUAAGCUAUCUUCCUGUAUAGAGACUCUUAUCUAAAAUAGCUCUCUCUCUCUGUGUGAAUAUUUAUAUAUGAGAGUGAGAGAUGAAUGUAUGCAAAGCACAGUAUCCAAACCCAAAGAACAACAGCUGAGAAGCUCAGGCAUUGGUGCUUAAGGUAUUAUCUAGCUCUUCACUAUCAAACAUUUGCUCCCUGCUUCUCCUUUUGGAAUGUUCUUUAGCACAAAGCUCCACACAUAUUUGUGUGCAUGUGCAGUUUUGCCUAUGAGGGCCACGGGAACACGAGACAAUUUAAAAAAUGCAGGGCAGAAAAACUUGUUUUCCUCCAAGUCCUUAAUUUAUUCCUCACACAGGCUAUGUUUGGGGUCAGUAAAUAGGCUUGUAUAUCUUGGUGGAAUUUGAAUCUUGGAUGCAGAUAAACUCUGGAUGCAGCCCACCAGGUCUUCCUCAUGAGCCCUGUUGAAAUGAAAUGGGAUCAAGAGCACAUAUUAUUGUUAUUAAAUUUGUGUACCACCCUUCAUCCGAAGAUCAGAGGGCGGUUCGCAGCUUAAAUUCAUUUAACAGAGCUUGCAGAGAGAGGAUUUCGGUGGAUGCUUCCCUCAUUUUACAUCCGGGGCUGUGCGCAUAAAGGUUGUGGGCCAACCCAAUUAACUUAUUGCUGUGUAAUUACUAAAGUGGGGAGUGCCAACAAUGAAAUAGGUACACACAUGACUUUGGAGGAUGAAGGCAAGACUUUGCUUUUAAAAGCACCUCCUCCUCAGUCCAUUGGCAUUUUAGCUAGGAUGAAAGGGCAGUUCGUUCCGCAUGGCAAGUACAUGGUUAUUGGUGGCGGACAGCUGAGGGCACUGCCCUUACAUCUGGGAUUAAAGCUUAAGGACUCCCAGCUAAAUAUAAACAAUGGGGCUUUUUUUCACCCUCUGGGAAAUGUAGAGAAUUUGGCUGUGGGAUCUGUUUUGGGUCAACACCCAUGCUAUACAUUUGAAGGACUCUUUCGUACCACUUUAACAUUCAUGACACCCCACCCAAAGAAAGCUGGAAGCUGUCGGGUCUUGGCAACUGUGUCUCUGUGAAGGGAUUCUGAACAACUCUCAGCACCCUUAACUACAGGAGAAGCCAUGAAGAAGCUGUGACUGUUAAAGUGGUAUAAAUGGGCAUUAAAUAUAUGGUUUGGAUGUCACCUUGGUUGUCUUCUCUGCUAAAUGGGGUCCCUAGCAGCUCCUCCUCCUGUGUGCAGUUGGCAAGCACAGCAUUUUUUCCACUACUCCAUUGCAUCAUUGACUUAAUCGCCUCCCAAAAAAGGUUUGAUCCGCUGGGAUGUUUUCCUGCAAGAGUGGCAUUGAAAUGAACGGGAGAAGAGCCUUUGUGUAUGAAAAAGCCCCAUUGGAUCCUGUACAGAGCCAUACAAUAGGAAUAAGGACCUCUUUGAUUCCACUUUCUAUUAAGUUUGAUUAAAAGACUGCUUCACAUUUCAAUUUUUUCUGCAAAGUUAGUUGUUGUCUUUUAAGAGAAAGAGGAUGAUAAUUUACUUGAUUAGAAUUCGGUUGGCUUUGUUGUAGAUUUGUAAACUGAGGAAGAAACCCCAAAUUUUCCAUUUGUUUUCACUAUGGUCAACCUGAUGGCUGAUGGCCACAUUUUGAACACCAAUUUGGCAACACCCAAGUGACGAAAAAAAUCAAAACUUAAUCUUUAUUGGACACGGGAGCUGGUCUCUUCCCUCCAAUUUGUUCCUUGUCAAUGUUAAUCAUAUGCAAUCUAGGAGAGUUGCUCUUCCUUGCCAACAAACA